UAAACAUAAAACAUUUAUUGAAGUUGUUGACUUGACUAUGCUUUUUUCUUUUGAAAGAUACUUUGACUAUGCUUGUACGGUGCAUGAACAUCAUAUGUAUUGUUUUCUCGAUACAUAACCUCUACAUGGAUGGCCAUUCGUUCCUAUUUAGGACAAGAAUCUCAACCGUUUAUUCCUAUAUGUGGUAUGAAUUUUUGUAUAUAUAGUAAUAAUAAUUAUAAAAAAUGACGAAAUGAUGUCGACCUUAUCAUGGUGAUGUCACAUGUUUAACCCUGUCUGCUCCACUUUAGUUCCGUAAUGAAAAAAACAAACGAUUACGACGAUAAUGAGAUAUUAUUUACAUUACAAUGUUCUUUUUUUUCGGAUGCAAUGCCAUAUCAUAUGACUAGUCACCAUUCAACCUUCUCUCUAGAAUUAUCCACCGUUCAAAUUCAAAUGCUCACUUUCAUAUAGUGUAGUGUUCAUCAUAUAUAAUUACCUACUAUCCUCACUUUUCUCUCUUUUGCUUACGAACAAAGCAAUCAAUUAUGGCACCAAAGUUAGCGAAAUCAGGAUCAUUUCUUUACACUUUAGCUGAGAAGAAGGAAAAACUUCUAUCCAUGAAGGGUGGUGAUCAUGGUUAUUCUCCUAUAGGAAUUGGUUUGGAAGAAGAACAAGAGGAAUCUAAUAUGGUCAAGUUCAAAAAGAUGAUGAAACUCAUUGCUGAAAAAGCAUGGGAAAUGGGUCGUUCUGAUCCAAGAAAGAUCAUUUUUGCUGCUAAAAUGGGUCUUGCUUUGACUAUUAUCUCCCUUUUGAUUUUCCUUAAAGAACCCUUCAAAAAUGAUAUUAGCCGUCACUCUGUUUGGGCUAUUCUAACUGUUGUCGUAGUCUUUGAAUUCAGUAUAGGGGCAACUCUGAGCAAGGGGUUUAACAGAGGAUUAGGGACAUUCUCAGCUGGAGGACUUGCUGUUGGAAUGGGAGAGUUAUCAGCAUUGGCAGGAGAAUGGGAAGAAGUUAUAGUUAUAAUCAGUACAUUCAUUGUUGGAUUUUGCGCUACCUAUGCAAAAUUAUACCCAACUUUGAAGCCUUAUGAAUAUGGGUUCCGUGUGUUCUUGAUCACUUAUUGCUACAUUACGGUAUCUGGUUAUCAUACUGGCGAAUUUCUUGAUACAUCUAUAAGUAGAUUUUUGCUCAUUGCGCUUGGUGCUGCUGUGUCUUUGGGAGUCAAUAUCUGCAUAUAUCCUAUCUGGGCUGGCGAGGAUCUGCAUAAUCUUGUGGUAAAAAAUUUCAUGGGUGUUGCAACGUCUUUGGAAGGGGUUGUCAAUCACUACCUUAACUGUGUUGAAUACAAGAAGGUACCAUCCAAAAUUCUUACGUACCAAGCAGCUGCGGAUGACCCGGUUUACAGUGGCUACAGAUCAGCUGUUGAAUCUACAAGUAACGAGGACUCGUUGUUGGGAUUUGCUGUCUGGGAACCACCUCAUGGUCACUACAGAAGUCUUAAAUAUCCAUGGAAGAAUUAUGUGAAAGUAAGUGGGGCUCUAAGACAUUGCGCAUUUAUGGUCAUGGCCAUGCAUGGAUGCAUACUUUCUGAAAUACAGGCACCAGCUGAGAAAAGACAGGUUUUUCGCAAUGAGCUGAAGAGGGUAGGUUUUGAAGGAGCAAAAGUGUUGCGCGAACUAGGAAACAAAGUCAAGAAGAUGGAGAAACUAGACAGGGGAGAUUUGUUGUAUGAAGUACAUGAAGCAGCUGAAGAAUUACAACAAAAGAUCGAUAAAAAAUCGUACCUCCUUGUAAAUUCAGAGUUCUGGGAAAUCGGAAAUCGUCCUAGAGACGAAAAUGAUGAUCAUCCAAAAGGCCUCUUUCACAUGGAUGAAGAUAGCAAAUUUCUAGAGUACAAGUCGCUAAGUGAAGCUGUACUUGAUCUCAGAUCAAUUGAAGUUCAAAACAAUUGGGAUGAAAAAACUACAGAUAAUAAUGGUAAUAACCAUGAUGUGCCUCCUUCUAUCGCCAAUGAAAACAUGUCUGUGAAACAAAUGUCUUGGCCAGCUCAUGUUUACUACAAAGCAAAAGAGGAAGAAUCGAAAACUUAUGAAAGUGCUAGUUCAUUGUCUCUAACUACAUUUACAUCACUUUUGAUUGAAUUUGUAGCAAGGCUUCAAAAUUUGGUGGAUGCAUUUGAAGAAUUGGGUGAGAAAGCUAACUUUAAGGACCCCCUUGAACAACAAAGUGUGGUAACCUCGGGUGGGUUUUGGACCAGAUUAUUUAACUGCUUCAAAUCCUAGGAUUGAAAAAUGGAGUAUGAGUUACCAUUAAAGGCAAGUUCUUGAUAGAAUAACAGGCUGUAGUGUGAUUUCUUCAGUAUUUGUGGAUGCUGGAACUAACGGGACUCAUCUUUUGUAUUAAGUUGAAGACUCAACAAAAACUGGGACUUAUAUCCUCUACAAUAACUGCACCGGUGCUGUCUAGGCAUAGGAUCCAUGUUUUGAAAACUGCUGGAGUAAUCUUUAGAAAUAGAACAAAUAAUCCACCUUUUUACAUUUUAAUUUUAAAAUCUAUACAAAUCUCCCCUUUUUUAUGACUGAAAAAACACAGUUUAUUGCUGUAAGUAUUCACUAUUUCCUUGGCUCCGAAAAAUCUAUCUACCAAUUCAAUAUAAUGAUAUUCUUUGAGAGACAAAAAGGGAGGUUCAAAUAACCAUAUCAAAUGAUAUGAUGUUCUUAUUGUCUU